UCAGUCGUCAAGGGAAUGUUCUUGAAUAGACCUUUAGGAUUUGCAUGUCGGCGGGACUGUUUUAAGCCAGGCGCAUUUUAUGAUGGUUAUCAUAAAAUACACCUACAUAUUAACGGUUGCUGCUGUUCUGGUGGCUUGCUGGACAUGGUAAGCCGUGUGGAUCAAAUCUAUCGUAGCAUACUCUUGUCUAGAUUUUUUGUCAGAGGUUGGGGAAAGCCAGAGAAUCUCCGUAGGAUAUUUGCAUUCAGGAAGAUCCUUUCAAAUCGAGAAGCCUGCUUUCAGCUUGUAGAUAAAAAUCAUCCAGUGACUAUCACUAAGGAGGUUGAUUCAGGAGAUCAUGUUCUCUUGGAAGCAGAGUUCACAUCACCCUUUGUGGCUCACUUACCUGGCCUUCUGCCGAAGGAAUCAGAGAAAGCCACCUUCCAGAUUGUGCUGCCAAAGUCAUGGCAGAGUCACUUGAGGCCUACAUGUCUUCAUUUGGCAGGGACAGGAGAUCAUGGUUUUUGGAGAAGAAGAAUGUUAAUGGCAAAACCCCUUCUUGAGGAAGCAGGCAUUGCUUCAAUCAUGUUGGAAAACCCUUUUUAUGGCUGCCGUAAGCCUAAAGAUCAGCUCCGGUCCAGUUUGCACAAUGUCUCUGACCUGUUUGUCAUGGGUGGUUGUCUUGUACUCGAGUCCUUAGCCAUCUUCCAUUGGUGUGAACGCAUGGGAUUUGGUCCUUUGGGUGUUACUGGAAUAUCCAUGGGUGGACAUAUGGCAUCUUUAGCAGCCACGAGUUGGCCCAAACCUCUGCCUUUAAUUCCGUGUCUAUCGUGGAGCACGGCCUCUGGAGUUUUCACCCAGGGUGUGAUGAGUGGUGCUAUCAAUUGGGAAAUGCUGAAGAAUCAGUAUUUUUCAAAUGAAGUGUUUCGAGAAGAGCUUUUCAAUAUGAUUCGUUCUCCAGAAGGUCAUUUUUCUGUAUAUCAUGAAGUUGGCCAGAAGUUUGCUCGAGAUUUCCCCAAGAGUUUAGCACAUGUGGAAAACCUCAUGAAAGAGAGUAAGGUUGAAAAAAGAGACACCAGUAAAGAACCCUCUGAUACUGGAAGAAAUGUUGAACAUAAUGCCAGAAAUAACCAAAGAACAGGAAUGAGUGACAUAUCUAUGAAUACAAAUUCUGAAGAAAAAGUACAAAGAAUUUCAGGUGAGACUGAAAAAUCAGGCAGCUUAAAUAUACCCCUGCCAGGAAUAAACAUUUUACAGAAUUUUGGGUUGGUAAAGUCAAAAGUCAGUAAAAGUCAGAUGUACAAUUCAGAGAGGAAAAACAUUCUCCUUGGUUAUGGAAAAGCCAAGAGUAACAUAACAAAGAAAAGUUGUCAUGAAUUUACACCAGUUGGUAUAAGGCCAAAGGAUGCUGCAAAUAUGAAACCAGUGAAAUUUGAUCCAUAUAUUAAGGUGAAAGAUACACUGACCUGGGAAGCUGUCCAAUUCAUGAGAGGUGUUAUGGAUGAAUGUACUCAUCUAGGCAACUUCAGUGUGCCAGUUGACCCUUCAUUGAUUAUCAUUGUUGCUGCUAAAAAAGAUGGGUACAUGCCUCGUGAUGGUAUAAUUCCCCUCACGGAAAUUUGGCCUGGUUGUGAAUUGCGUACACUGCAAACUGGACAUGUUACUGCAUAUCUCUUCAAUCAUCAGGUGUUCAGACAAGCCAUUCGGGACUCCUUCCAGCGUGUUAUUGACAAGUACUACACUUCAGACAUCUCUGCCCAUGGUUAAGAUGAUCCGUUGGAUAAAAAUGUCAUGAUUUGGAGCAGGAAACAUGCGUGUCAUUAAUAGUAAGAAUUUCGUUUGGAAUUUUUUUAUUGUAACAAAAACAAUUUUUAUGUAAUUUGCAAGUUUAUUUGAUAUUGCUUUAUUAGCAGUUACAUUGUACAAAACUAUUGAUAUAUGUUGAAGACAUCUGCCUUACCUUUCAUAGCUAUAUACGUAACUGAUAUAAGCAGUCCUAAAGCUAUUUAAUAACACUGCCAUUGCUUGCUGUAGGCUGUGAUGCAAGGAAAUGAACUUCAGAACCAUUAAUAUCAGUUUAAUCUCUGAAGACAGCAGAUAAUUGGUAGUAUUUAUUGCUUGAUUCAGCUGAGCUUUUGAAACGUAGCUAUCUUUUACGCAAAGUUUGGCUCAAUAUGGAUUACUUGUACAUUCUUGUAAAGUUAGCAUAAUUUUGUUUUUAUUCUUAGUUUGCUUUUAAGUAGUGUGCAUCAUGAACAUAUAAAGUAUGUAAAGUGAUGUACAUAAAGACAUGGUAUUGUGUAAACAGAAACAAAUGAAGUGAAUCUUCCUAAGAAUCAUUUGAAAUAGGAUUAGUGUCUCGGACAGCUUUAACAACUGUCAAGUAAGGUUUUGGGAUCAUCACUGUACAGUUGCUCAGUAUUAUUUUGGAUAGAUGUUUAAUUAGGUUUCCAUAUGACACAGGAUCAAAAACCGUAAAAUUUUUGGGCUUAAUAUUUGCUGCACAAAAGCAUAAACAACAUACAUAAAAGGCUAAAAGCAAAGCAAGAAUGCAUAAAACCUUGAAAGAAAUCUCAUACAGUGUGAAGCAUUAAGAGAUCGACUAUAGUAACUACAUGAAGCAACUUUACUAUUAGUAGUGUAAUGGAUAUGUCACAUUUUUUAUAUGAAUCAGCAUCUGACUUUAUUAUUGAUUACUGAGGAUCUGUGCUGGUACUUUUAGGGUUCCGUAUACAGCGGAACCUCAUUUUUUGUGCAUAAUCCGUUCCAGAAUGUCUCACGAAGUCCGAAAUAUAUGAAAUCUGAAACAAUAUUCCCAUAAGGAAUAAUGUAAAUUCAAUUAAUGUGUUCCAGACACCCAAAAAUAUUUUUUAAAAAUUACAAAUUUUUAAUCAAUUUGUGUUUUUCAUAACUACAGACCUGAGGCCUUAACAGGAUAAUCUUCUAGCGCCAUCUGGAAAUUCAGUAAAGUCAUUAAAAAAGUUGUGUGAUGCAAGGACUAUUGGCAUCUACCUGCUCAUGGGGCAUUUGGUAGUUCCCACAAGGACCUGGGCAUCCCGUGAUCUCAUCGGUUACUUUCUUACCACCUUUAAAAGAGGACGUGAUUACUUUUAGGGAAUAAGCACAGUUUUACGUACAGAAAACAAAGAAAUAAAUGACUGGUGAAAUGGGUAGAUAAACAUUUAAUAUCACUCUUACAUUUAUGUAUGACUUGUUUAGCAUAUGGGAGACAGAGAGGAGGGGAGAGGGAGGAGGAGAGGUUAUUGUUUGGAAGGGGAAUCCCCCGCCAGAAGACUUCAUGUAUCAAGGACCUAUCUGGGGUUACUUUUCCUCUUCGUUUUUUACUAGCACUGUCCGGAGUUGCUUCCUCUCUUCGAUUUUACGGGCACUAUUUGUAGUGACUUCCCCUCUUCGUGUUUACUGGCACUAGGACCAGCGUGAGUCACUGGACCCCUGUCGAACAACAAAACUGUCCAGAGACAUAUAUUUCUGAUGUCUCUUUAAAAUUCGUGGAAAGUGAAACAAGGCAUUGUCAUUGAACAUGUUGGAAACAUGGAUUACAUCAUCCUUGUUGGGAUGAUAAUUCUCCAUAAAAUUUUUUACAUCACUCCACUUUGCAAACAUGUCCUUAAUCACUGAAGUAGGCAUAUUAUAUACACCCAUUUGCUUUUUUAAUUUUUCAAACCAGUCUCUCUUGGCCUUAAGUUCACUAACAGCAGCACCUGUUGUUAGCAUUUUUUUAUGAGAUUGGCAUGCAACAUCCUUACCUCUACACAAAUUAUAGCUACCAACACACUGCUACAAGUUCUUUCUGAAAUUCUAUAGGGUUUUUCACCUUUGUUACAGAAGGGCUGGCACUUGGAACUUUCUUUGGCCCCAUAAUGGCUUAUUUAGCAAUUGGACUGGAAUAAAAGCACAAAAAAGCACAAAAAAACACCGAACAUAAAUGCAGAAUGGGUCACAAGAGAACAUGGGAUACUUUGUUUGGGUGCUUGGUACAGGACCUGGUCACAAGGUGGGCCCUUGGAAGGAGCGUUUUCAGGUGUGUGAAAUCCGAGGAUAUGUAUGAAACUUGAGUCCAGAUUUCAUUGAAAAAAAAAGUCUACGAAAACCAGGGCGUACGAAAUCUGAGGUUUGACUGUAUGCAUAUAUCCUCACAAAUUAGAAGUUGUAUAAUUCCAACUGUGAUGAAAUAAGCCUAUUUGAUUUCAAUGACAUCAUAAAUAAACCAUCCUCCAUCCUUUUGAGGCGUAUAAUCAUCUCAGUCAAGUUCUGAAUAAUAGGAUUAAAACUCCUCCAGUAUUAGAACUUCCUCCUCCUUAGACUACUUGAAAGUUCUAAGCAUGUACCCAUCUUCACUAUUUAUUGAAAGAUUAUGCAUAUACUCCAGAAAAUCGUAAAUGACUCAUAAUAGACUGUUUAAAACAUUAUGCAAUUUAUACAUAUUCUCAUAAUAGACUGUUUAAAACAUUAUGCAAUUUAUACAUAUUGAUAGAAACUUCAGUCAGGUGAGGAAUUUGAUGCCAUGUUAUCUAGAUGAGUUUUUUGCAAUAAGGAAGUAAAAUAACAAUUGCUUUCACAGAAACUUAGGAUUUUCAGCAACUCCAGGAACCCCUGAAAACCUGAGGAGGAAGUGAAAUAACCCUACUGAUGGCUUGAAUAUUGGAUAUUAUCCACUAUCUUCAUUAUUUUGUAUAUAAUAAGAGAACAUUUGUGAUGAAGCUGUCAAGUCAUCACUGAAGACUUAAGAAUGUGCUGAAUAAACAAUCACAUCCGUAUCUCUGACUAUUAAAACAAGGAAAUAUAUUUGUGUAUAUUGCCAAUAUUUGGAACUCAUAACCACAUUGCCACUAAUAGAUUUUUAGUUGCCAUUAUAUGAUUAUUCUGGCACCUGGUCCCCCCGGUUAAUACGGUAUUAUUCGCUCAAGGGCGAGGGUAUCAGAAGGCGCCACCUUCCUCAUUGUUGCCAAGUUUGUAAUCAAAAUGGGCCUGCUUGCUUCCCAACUUGUAUUACUUUUGGUAUUUUGCUGCUGUGGAGAUUAGUUUCUGUUUCUGUCAACCUCUUUAAUGUAAAUUAAUUGGUCUUAUAUUUCUUUAGCCCCUCAUGAGGAAGGGGUUGCAGCCUGGAGGUUCUUUGCACCAUCUCUUCAGCUUCACAACAUUACUUUUCAGCUAAAAUUGACAAAGAAAUAUUUCAACUGAUAUAACAACGAGAAAUGAAACCUGUCAAAACAUCUCUAAAACAAGUUUUGGGCAACUGCACAUAACUGUAUACAGCACUUUAUUUAGUAUUAAUACAUUGUGAUGAAAAGUAUUCUUCUUUAGGUAAUGUGUAAAUGUGCGGGUGUCAAGAUAAUUGAAUUCAAUUAAAAGUUAUUUUUAAAAUAUUUUUUUUAUAGUAUUCCUCAAGAGUUUUCAGUUACUCAGGAUGUACAAAUGCUUGUUCAGAAGAUUAAGGAAGAUUUCUGCAACAUGGUGAAAUGUUAACCUCUCUUUUGGAAGCUUAUGUAUUAGUGUUCCUGUGUAUAUACUUGUUCGUAUUGAUGCCAUUAAGGUUUUUAGCUGUUCUAUUACCAAGAAUCUAAACCACUAAUUUCUAAGGAUUCAAGCUGCUCCUACACCUAGGAUCCAAGCCACUCCAAUACAGUACCGAGGAUCUGAGCCACUACAGCACCAAAGAUUCAAGUUUCUAUAUCAAAGGUAUGAACUGUUCCAAAACCAAUGGUCAAAGCUAAACAAGUACCAAGGAUCCAGGUUGUCUCAAACCAAAGGUACUGAGUGUAUCCAGGACCAAGGAUUUAGGCUACCCCUAUACCAAGGACCCAAAAAUUACAUUGCCAAGGUCUGAUCCACCAAUGCUAAGAUUCUAAGCCACUUAAGUACUAAAGGUCUAAGUUACCUCAGCUGGGAGGAUCCGAGUCCUCUGGUACCAGAGAUUCAAGCAGCUCCAGUAUUUUAGAUGUGACCUACUCUAAUACAAUCAACUCGAGCACCAAAUACCAGAAAUGCGCUUAACAAGGUUCCACAUCAAGGUUUCACUUCUCUAGGAUUUAGGAACCAAGUGGCUCAGAGAAGCAGUCACAACUAUACUCUGUUUUUUUUCAUCUGUCCAUCCGCCUGUGGUGUUUUCGUAUGGUAACACUGCGUCCCGGGCUUUAGAUAGUUACGCUAUUUGUAAGUUUUAGGUAAAUAAAACGAUAUCUGGGUGUACAUUUGCAACUGAAAAGUGUUUUAAUAAUUUACUGUAUGCAAAUUACACCGUUAAUAUUCGAAAUAGGAUAUUAUUAUAAUCGUUGAAUGUAAGCUGAAUGUAACUAUCUAAAGCCCGGGACGCAGUGUUACCAUACAAAAACACCACAGGCGGAUGGACAGAUGAAAAAAAACAGAGUAUAGUUAGUUACCCUGUCUCAAUAAAGGUGAUAGUAACUUUGACAAGUAAACCUUCCUUGGGUCAGUUCUUGGCUAGCUUGAUUUUUUUUCAUCUUCCUAAUUCUGUUCUUUAAAGGGGAGAGUGGUACCACAAACCCCAAUGCGGUAAGAGUUUGGGGUGCCCUGACAUAACAUGUUUUCAUGACCAUGCAAUUUAAGUGAGAUGUUUUUUUGGAAAUUUGAGGUUUUUAUUUUAGUGAAGCAUAAGAUGCCUCAGAGGAAGAUGUAGCAGUCAAACCUAAGUUGCCAUUGAAGACAAAACUCCUCUCUCACUUUUGACCUGUUUAUCAAAGUAGUACAUGAUGUUGUAUCCAGGAUUCCAGUUGGGGUUAGCAGAAGCUAUGGCAAAAUUUUUCUUUCCUUUCAUCUCUUCUCUUUGAAUUUGAGAACGCAAAUUCAAAGAUGAGCUUUCCAAUAAUUUGGUGCACAUACUUUGCUACUUACUGAUCUGUUUGUUAAGCCCCCUUCCUCAUGAGGUGCAAGUGCCUGACAGGCACCUCUGAUACAAAUGUUUUGGGGAAAGGGGGCAGCCUUUAGCAUGAUGAGCGGGGAAAGCACAAGCAAACUAUCAGAAUGCCUUUGCCUGUUGUUGAGCCAAACACAUGAGGUCUAUAUGAACCUGUGGAGUGUGGACCAUCCAUCUGUCAGAUUCCAUUUCUCGCGACUUGGGCAUACUUUCGGCUUUAACCUCCACUGCUCCUUAGGCCAUGCCCGGCAUUCCGUGCAGCGAUUCGUAAUAGAACAAAAACUCGAAUGACACCUACUGCAUGUGAUGUGAGGGUUGGUUGCUGCCGAAGCCAAAAAACGAGAACACGGAAAACCAGGAUCUCCGGGGCACAUAUGCUCACGCUGAGAAGGAGCAGAAGCAGCCAUAAUACCAGGCAAACACACACACACACACACACUAAAAGAAACGAAACAGGCAAUGAACCGGGAAAAGGCCAAGAGAGGUUAACACAACUCUCCCCCAGACGGUCAAAGAAAAGACUUGACGCGUUGUUGUAGGUGAAUGGUUUUCGACCAUUCUUCACCCGAUCUACGCAUGCGUUGCCAGAUAUCACAAGAUUCCUUGCUUUCAUCUGCUUUUUAACCGGAUCCAGCUGGGCGCUAGAAAUUAUCCUAUUGUUAAGACCGAAGGUUUGUAGCUAUGAAAAAUACAAAUCGUCUUAGAAAAUUAGUCAUUUUUACUGUAAGCCAUGUUGCUGUGCAGGAGUCAGUUCUGCCGACCACCUACUUAGGCAGCUGUGCAACUUACUAAUCAAGCAAUAACUUGCCAUUUCUUGGUCUGCCAUGUGAACACAAAAUGGGAGCCGAUGGUAGUGGCCACUGGGCACAAGGAAUUCCUUGUCUGGUAAUGCUGCUAUAGAAGCAAGGCAUAUGUGUUCAGUGGGCAGUAGUACAUAUCAGGCACUUAACCUUGUGUGGACAGGACGUUGGAAAAAAAAAAAAAAAAUCAGGUGUCUGAGGAGACAUGAAGACCACAAAUUUUGGCAUAUAUUGUACAAGUGAUUGGUCUUUACAAAAAAGUAACUAGAAGUUUUCAUAAAGUAUUUGGUAGUAGAGUUUGGGAGAUAUAGUAAUUUUAUCCAACCUUAUGUAAAUUGUUAUUGGAAUUUAUAGUAGAUUUAUGUUAUUUAAAUUUUUGUAUUGCAAUAAAGUUUAUUUUGUAUACAGUAAUAACUUACAAUUGUUUGGAUUAGGCAAGUUGAUUUUAGUCAAUUUGAUUUUAAUAAGAUGUAUUACCAACAUAUUUAAACUAUGUACAGUGCUUUUUAUGUUUGUUUUGAUGACCAUUUUAAAAAUCAAUUGAUUAAAGUGCCAAAUAUUUUUAUAUAGUUAAUCUUUUUAUGUUCUGUUUUUAUGUAGUAUUUUUUAAUAUUGAUUAUUGUAUGGAAGCACUAUAAUGAAGUUUAACUUAGAAAGUUUCUUUAUUUACAAAGUUUGUUGUAAUGUGGUUAGCUAUAAAAGUAAUAGUGCAUAAAAUUUUAAUAAUUGCCAGUGUACCAUCCAUGUGGAAGGGUUACAGCAUUAGCAAAUUAUUCAAUCCUUUAAAAAUGGAUUAGUUAAUAUGAACAACAGAUGAUUUGACAUAACAUAUUGCAUGUUAAACAGUCUGAUAGCUGUCUGCUUCAUCAGUUUAUUUUACAUGAAAAUAACAAUGUAAUGAAAGUUACAAAAAACACUCACAGAGUGGGUCUAUUCAGAAACUUUCAUGAUGCCUUUCUCAUAAACAGAAGUUACCUUUAUGGAUACAAAGCAGAAUAACUAUGCAUAUUAAAUUAUUUUAUAAUAGUUUUGAGGCAUACAGCAUGUCUUUAUUAUUAUGGUAGUCUCUUCAUGCUAUAAUAGAUGCAGGAUUAGUCCAUACUUUCGUAUGUACUAAGAUUCAUGUGUUUGGUUUUGUUAUCACAUAAGUGCAUGUUGGUAAUAAAUACAUACUGUAAUUGACAGAGUGUAAGAUGCAUCAUCAUCUAAGUAGGAAAUAUUUAAGGAAAAAGUUUUUAGUGUACAGAUAAACAAUAUUCCUUCUGAAAUUCUAAAAACUGACAACCAAAUGCUCUGAAAACUGAAAUUUUUUUUAAACAAACUUAUAAAUUUAUAGAAGGUUAUCUAUAAAUUAUGUUUCCCAUUGCAACUAAUGGGAAUGAGGCCGUCAUUAGUAUUGUCAGCUAUUCUGUGGCUAUGGUGAUGUCCGUAAAACUCAGUCAGCUGAUUUUUUGAGAAUGUAAAUAUUACCAGAAUGCAAAUGGCACAUGAUCACAAAUUUUAUGUUUUAUAUUAUGAUAGUAAUUUUAUGAUAUGCAUGAUGCUGUUUAUGCCAAUGUUUUGUGUGAAAUAGUAAGUUGUUGCUGUUCAUAAUAAAUACUAAUGAAUUAUUAGAGAAGUGUAUCUGAUACACUAUCAAAAUUGGUCCAUUCAGUUUUUAUACACCUUGUUAUAAGAUCAAUAGAAGGAAAGUGAAUUAGAGAUGUGUUCAUAUUAUAGCAAAUAGAAUAUAAAGGGAAAGGAUGGCUGGUGAAGUUAGGUAGAAAAUCUUUUGUUAGUUGUUGACCUGUAGUUUUUCUUGAAGCAUUAACUUCUGAAUACCAAGCAAUAUAAUUUACUAACAAACAGUGCAUUUGCAGUUCAAUGUUGAUGUUUGAUUUUUUUUAACAUUAUCGAUUUAGUCACCUCUGAUCCUCUGUAGGUGAAUUACAUUACCAGUGACUUUCAGCUUGUGGGGUUUGUGUUAAACUUGUCAGUUAUUUACAUAAAAAAGGGAAAUAAUACUAGACUGUACAGUAAUGCAUGACAAUUACAUGUUGGCUUAUGCUCUAGUUUUUACAGAUGGGAGGGUGUGUUGUAGUGUGUAUGGACAUGCUUAUUGAACUUACAAAUGUCUAACUCUUAUGACUGUAAGAUGUCAUGGUUUUCUAACUUUUAUAUGUAAAUGUUAUUUACAUUAAAAAGAGCAUUUAUAGGGUUCAAAUAUGUUAACUAGUAAUGUUGUCAGCUAUAAACCAUCUUCAAUAUUUAUUGGGGACAGUUUUUAAAUAAAAAUUUCAGUAAAAUUAGUAUUUAAAUUACAUUAGAUUCAAAUUACAUGUUUAAUGUUUUGUUUUCUAGUCUGGUGAAUCAUGUAAUUAUGGUACUAGAGUAUCAAUGCAGUGAAUAUUGCAUUUUGAGUUUCAAUGUGUUUUUGUAUUUUUGUGGUAUUAAAAGUUAAUUGUAAA